GCGUGCGGUCAUCGCUUCGUUAAACUCUACGGAGCGUUCAGGCUCAGACACGUGAUUGGUCGCUGUUAUCUCCGUGGAAACGACCUCCAGUACGACGUCACGGACGUCCACUGGCCAAACCCCGACCAGCCCUGCAGUCACCUGGGUGAUGUCAGCGGUGAGGUCAUGUGUAACAUGGGGAUCUCUGCCUCCAUCACGCAGAAUGAGGUCAUCGUCGGCUCACCUGGAAGCUACGAAUGGCAAGGAAACGUCCAUGUCUCCUGGAUGAACCCUGACGUGGUUUUUGACACCCAGAGGAGCUCCUUCCCCAACAUGCAGCGCAGGAACAUUUAUAUCGGAUAUUCUGUUGCUCAGGCUCGUCGUCUUCUCUCUCAGGAUGAUGAAACCAUCGUAACAGGAGCUCCUAAGGACGGUAAAGACGACGCUCGUGGCUCGGUGCUGUUGGCUGUGAAACGGGCCGACAAACUGCUGACUCAGCAAACUCUACGCGGGGAACAGAUGGGCUCGUACUUCGGUAAUGCCGUGGCAACCGCCGACCUCGACAACGACGGGUGGAAUGAUCUGCUGGUGGGCGCUCCUUUUUACUUCCAUCGUCAGCAGGAGGCGGGCGGGGCGGUUUAUGUCUACAUGAAUGCGGGGGGUUGGUUUGAUUCCCGGCCCAGCGUGGCGCUGAGAGGACCGACCGGGUCAGCGUUCGGUAUGGCUGUCGCUGCUGCUGGAGACCUGAACCAAGACGGCUUCCAGGACUUUGCAGUCGGAGCUCCUUUCCAUGAAACAGGAAGUGUGAUGAUCUGGACCGGGAGCCGCGGUGGUGUCGCUACAGAACCAAGCCAGGUGAUCCGGGGCAGCCGGGUCUCUCCUGUGUUCAGGACCUUUGGGUACUCUCUGUCUGGAGGUCUGGAUGUUGAUGGGAACAAAUAUCCAGACCUGCUGGUCGGCUCUCUGGACGACACCGUCGCUCUGCUCCGAACUCGUCCAGUCCUUCACCUCAAUAAAACCGUCAGAGUUUCCCCGGACGUCGUCGACCCGAACACUUGUGACUUCUGUAUCCAGGUGGAGGUGUGUUUCUCCUACAUCUUCAGCACUGGAGAAAAGAGCGACAGAGACAACAUCAGUAAGUAA